AUGUCUUAUUCGAUUCUAGAUGUUAUAGUUUCUCCAAUCAUGUUUUCUUUCAAAUCUUUGAUUUUGAUUAUAGUUCAUACAAAAGAUAACAUAAUUCCUAGUUCUAUUUUAUUGUGUUUGGAUGGUUUGUAUUGUACUUGUUUUGGUAUAUCAAUGGGCAUGUUUGCCGUUCAAUUCAUUUAUCGAUAUCUUUUCGCGGUUGAUUCCAAACAUUUACAAACUUUCAAUGAUCAUCGAAUUAUAUAUUGGAUGAUGGUUCCGGCAAUUUAUGGAAUUAUUUGGGGAUCAUCAUGUUAUUUUUUGUUAGCUCCUAGUUACGAAAAAGACAAACAAUUGGAAAACAUUUUGUUAUUGACUUUUGGUUGGGAAAUUCAAGAUGACACAUAUCUCGGCCCUUAUUUCUACCAAAUUCAACCCGAUGGAUCAUACAAAAUCGACCUAAUGUCCGUUAUUGGUGCCACAAUAUCAUGGCUAAUGGUAUCUGCAUCCUUCUUCGCAAUUCUAUUUUUCGGUAUUAAAUGUUAUCUAAACCUUAGCAAAACAAUGCGUCUAACUUCUCGCAAGUCUAAUCAUUUGAGUUCUCAGCUAUUCUAUGCUCUAGUCACAUCAACAAUUAUUCCAAUUAUUUUAUUGCAUAUUCCAAUUGCAAUUGUUAUGUUGUUUUCGUUUUUCGAUAAAGAUUUGGGGAUUUUAAGUGGUAUAACAUCAGUAACAAUUGCUUUAUUCCCAGCGUUAGAUCCUUUGCCAUCAAUGUUUAUUGUGAAGAAUUAUCGAACCACAAUUUUCGGUAAUCAACUUUCCGAGAAAAAAUGA